GGAUGUGUUGCCUUGACAACGGCAGCCCCGUGCCGGAAGUAGCUGCGGCCUGCGCCGGAAGCGGAACCGGAAAAGAACCGGAAGCGGCCCGGCCCGGCCCGGCGGUGCCGGCGCCAUGGAGUCUCAGUGCGAAUAUUUCAUGUACUUCCCCGCCGUCCCGUUCGCCGCCCGGGAGCUGCUGACGGGCGAACCGGGCCGGUACCGGGCGCUGCCCCGGCGGAACCACCUUUAUCUGGGCGAGACCGUCCGGUUCCUGCUCGUGUUACGGUGCCGAACCGGAACCGGGGCCCAUUGGGCACAAUUGGCCGCUUCACUCGCGGCCUUGGCCAGUGUCAGCCCCGGGGCGGCGGGAAACGGGAACGAACGGAACGACGGAACCGACGGAACCGACGGAACCGACGGAACCGAGGGAGGAGAUGGAGGAGAUGGGGGGGAAACGGAACCGACGGACAACGGGAACCGGGCCGCGUUCAGGGAGUGCAGAGCGAUGCUGACACAUGGGAACGGAACCGCGGGGAGGGACACGGCCGGGGUUCCGGUGGAGGACCCCAUAGUGUGUACAGACGAGGUGAUCUUCCCUCUGACCAUCGCGCUGGACAAGCUGCCCCCCAGCACCAUCAAGGCCAAGAUCGUGGUGACGGUGUGGCAGCGCGACGUGGAGCCGGCGGAGCUGCAGGAGGGGGGGGGUCUCGGGGGGUACCUGGGGCUGCUGCAGGGCCGGGCGCCCACCCACGUGUUCCGGCAGGAGCAGGGGGCCUUCAAGGCACAGGGUAACGCUGAGACCCCCCCCCAGAGCCCAACCCCGACCACAAUGGGGCCCUUUGUCACCCCCACCCCAGGUCAGUGCUGUGUCCCCAUGGGCUCAGUGCUGUCCCUAUGGGCUCAGUGCUGUGUCCCUAUGGGGUCGGUUAUGCGUCUCUAUGGGCUCAGUGCUGUCCCUAUGGGGCCGGUUAUGGGUCUCUAUGGGCUCAGUGCUGUCCCUAUGGGCUCAGUGCUGUCCCUAUGGGUCUCUGUGUUGUCCCAUAGCCACCAUUCAGGUGAGGUCCCCGUUGGCUCCUUCUGCCGCGUCUCGGGGUCCGUCCCCCCCCCCUGGCCCUGCGCCCUCAGUGCCCUGGAGGAGCACAACUUCCUGUUCCAGCUGCAGGCGCCGGAGAGACCCCCCCAGGAUAUAAAGGAGGGCCUGGAGGUGCCGCUGGUGGCUGUGAUCCAAUGGUCCACCCCAAAGCUGCCGUUCACCAGCAGCAUCUACACCCACUAUCGGUCAGUGCGCGCAGCCCCACACGCUGCCCCCGCCCCACAGCCUUGUGGGUCACUGUGGGUCGCUAUGGGUCACUGUGGGGUUGCUGUGGGUCGCUAUGGGUCGCUGUGGGUCGCUAUGGGUCACUAUGGAUCGCUGUGGGUCGCUAUGGGUCGCUGUGGGGUCAUUAUGGGUCACUAUGGAUCACUAUGGGUCACUGUGGGGUCACUAUGGGUUGCUAUGGGUCGCUAUGGGUCGCUAUGGAUCACUAUGGGUCGCUAUGGGUCGCUGUGGAUUGCUAUGGGUCACUAUGGGUCGCUAUGGGUCACUAUGGGUCACUAUGGGUCACUGUGGAUCGCUAUGGGUCACUGUGGGGUCGCUAUGGGUCGCUGUGGGUCGCUAUGGAUCACUAUGGGUCGCUAUGGGUCCCUGUGGGGUCGCUAUGGGUCGCUGUGGGUCACUAUGGGUCACUAUGGGUCGCUGUGGGUCGCUGUGGGUCGCUGUGGGUCGCUAUGGGGUGACAUCCAUUCUGUGCCCCCAGGCAAGGCGCUGUCAGGCUCAGAGCGUGGUGCUGCGCAGGCGGCUCUGGACGCCGUCGUGUGUCAGACCCCACUGACCAACGUGGGGUCAUCAAGGAAGGGCAGCGCCAGAACCAUCAGGGUCAACUUCCAGGCACUGAGGGAGGGGCUGUUCGAGCUGUCCCAGCACAUGAAGCUGAAGCUGCAGUUCACGGCGGGGGCUGCCCCCGAAUUGAGACCCCCCCCCACCCCACAGCGACGCAGCAGCCCCGGAACCAUCCGGGACCUGGUGGAACGACACCAAGGGCUGGGCAGGUCACAGUCCUUCUCACACCAACAGCCCAGCAGGGGGCACCUCAGUAGGUCUGGCAGUGCCCUGGAGCGCCGCGCCAUCACCCCCCCCGUGGGGUCCCCUGUGGGGCGCCCCCUGUGCCCCCCCCCCGACAGGACGGCGCUGUCCCUCGACAAGAUCGCCAAGAGGGAAUGCAAGGUGCUGGUGGUGGCACAGUGACCGGGAUGGGGGGAUGUGGGGGCUAUGGGGGCUAUGGGGGAUAUGGGG